CCUGCCAAUGGGCGUGGCCACAUUCUGGGGCGUGGCCACCCGGAUCUUAGAGCCCCGCUUGUUGGGGGCGGGGCUAACACGAAGGGGUGGGGCCGAGCCCCUCGGGGCGUGGCCUGUGGAAUGUCAGAACCCGGCCACUCGAGGCAGGCGCGGGUCUCCCGGCGCGGGGUUCCUCCCACGCAGCCUCCCAUUCAAAAGAUGCCGAAGGGGCGGCGCGGCCGCCAGAGCCCCACGAUGAGCCAGCGGCCGGCCCCGCCCCUCUAUUUCCCGUCUCUCUACGACCGCGGGGUCUCCACGUCCCCGCUGAGCGACUUCAAUAUCUGGAAGAAGCUCUUCGUACCGCUGAAGGCGGGCGGGCCGGCGGGGGGCCGGUCCCUGCCCCAGGCGCCCCCGGCCCCGAUGCCCCUGCCGCCACCCCCGGGCCUGGGUCCCCCCAGCGAGCGCCCGUGCCCCCCGCCCUGGCCCUCUGGCCUGGCCUCCAUCCCCUAUGAGCCUCUGCGCUUCUUCUACUCGCCGCCGCCAGGGCCCGAGGUGGCUGCCUCGCCCCUGACCCCUGGCCCCACGCCCUCCCGGCUCGUCUCCGCCUCCCACCCCGAGGAGUUGUGCGAACUGGAGAUCCGCAUUAAGGAGCUGGAGCUGCUCACCAUCACUGGGGACGGCUUCGACUCCCAGCGCUAUAAGUUCUUGAAGGCGCUGAAAGAUGAGAAGUUACAAGGACUGAAGACCAGGCAGCCUGGAAAGAAGUCAGCCUCUUUCUCCUGAGGCGCUGCCCACCAGAGCCUGGGCAGCCACCUCCUUAGGUGUUAGUGCUUAGAUAAUGUGUCCUGUUCGUUGUCAUUUCAAAAAUUGUUAUUUUCUGUUCUGUAUUUACUGCUGUUCUUGUUGCUCCCAGCAUGUACUCCACAUACAGUGCC